GGUAUAUAAGCCCCCUUGGCAGGAACACCUUCGCUCUUUUGUCUCCUUUAGACGUUCCCAGCCACCCUAGACUUCGCAACACAGCCUCGCCAACGACACAGGAAUAUGGAGACAUCAUACAUCAACACUCUUCCACAGGAGGUCACAGACUCUGUCAUUGACCAUCUGUCUGAUGACCGCGACUCGCUCAAAGUCUGCGCGCUGGUCCAGCGAUCCUGGCUUCCGCGUGCCCGACACCACCUUCAUCGCAAUGUCGCCCUCGACUGCAGCCAGAAGAAGGCCCCCUCUGCGAACUACUACUCCACUGGCGCUGCCAAGUGCGUUCGCUCACUCAAAGUCAUCACGCUCCCGUCGCCGCCCGCACAAGGUGUACGCACCGACGCCAAGGCCCGUGCAGUCUGGAAGGUCAUCCCGCGCUUCACGGAGCUACACGACCUCACCCUGGUGUUCAGCAACUGGACAGGCCCUGCCAGGUCCUGGGAAUGGCUGCGUCCUGCGGCACAGCACGUUCGCCGGCUCAACCUCGUCUUCGCGACCUUCAUGCACUCUGCAGACUUCUUCGAAUUCGUCGCGAUGUUCCCCGAGCUGGAGCGCUUGUCAUUGACGAACAUCUCCUUCGGCACCGCCACACUCACGGCGAUCCCCGUCGCACCCCCGCAUACCUGGUACAUCGUGCCUCCUGAGGUCACGCUGGCGUUUGCGCUCUGGCUGUGUCGCCUGCCGCGCCCCGCGAUCCCCCAAUUCAACGUGCAGUGGGAGGUUCACCAGCCUGGAUGCCUGGUCCCGGUCGUCGACGGUCUAGGACCGAGGCUCGCCCAGCUCGCACUUCCACUCUGGUCCACGCGCGGUGUUCCCAGUGACGUCAUUAAGACCGCUCUACACUCCAUUUCAUUCAUCACGGCCGCGCCCGAGAUCGCGAAGGACGGCGUCGAGGAGGCGCUCGCCUUCCUCACACGCAUCCGGGUUAGCGAGCUCCGCAGCGUCGUGUUCGACGUCCGCGCGACGGCGCCGCUCGAGGCUGUCUCUGAGCAGGCCCUCGAGGCGCUCGACGAGGCGCUCUUUGGGUUGCCGCACUCGCGCUUCAGCAGUCUCGAGAAGGUUGUGUUCCGCGUCUCGCACAGCGCAGCCCGCAGUGGCCUGCUCGAGCGACUCAAGAAGGGCCUGUCACGCGCAGAGAAGCGCGGAGCGGUUGCGCUCGAGGUCGUGCACGACUCGGUAUGAGUGUCACGAUGCGGACGCGACUUCCUGUGCAUUGUUGGACAAAAACACGUUCCAGCAUUCGGGACUUUCCCUGGACCGGAUCCUUACACUUGUUCCGUUUCAUUCCCUCGUUGCAUUCACUACUGCUUCGCUGUACUUAGUGUAACCAUCGCUUUUGCGCUACUCACAUCUGCCUACUGGACUGUAUUCUCACGCGCGCUAUUAUUGGGUGUCGUCUCGGUCACGACUCGUCUCCGCAUAGAUAUACUUCACUAUAAACUACUUCGCUACUCCCACGAAAUUCUAGAUGAGCUUACUGUUGUCGCAUAUAUUCCCUAUUCUCGUACCAGUUUGCGUGUAAUUACUGAUAGAUCCUGGUCACACUCUUAUUCGUCGUUGGUACAUUGUCUACUAGUACCGGUACAGCAUGUAUAAUGUGCCAUUGGCUAUUCGUCAUGCAUCAUUCAUCGUCUGC